AUGUCCUUGAUGGAUUCCUUGCAGGUGACGGUGGUGAUCAACACAUGCGUCAUAUCUGUUUUUGCAUCUGCUAAAUUUCCUGACGAUGUUGGUUUGGGCAACGCUGGCACGUACUUGAGUGACCAUUUUGGAAAGGAGAUGGUGUUCGUUUGGGCCCUUGGCUUGAUCGGCUCUGGUCAGUCGUCGGUCAUGGCGGGAGGCUACGCUGGCCAGUUUGUCAUGGAUGGCUUCCUGAACUUGCGGGUGUCCAAGUGGCUGAGACUUGCAGUGAGCCGGUCACUCGCGAUCGUUCCCACACUGUGCGUGGCCCUUAUGUACCGCAACAGCUGGGAGCUGGACGUCCUGAACGAAUGGCUAAAUGUCCUCCAGGCUGUGCAGAUUCCUUUUGCCCUGAUUCCGGUGUUGGUGCUCACCAGCAGGAGGCGCGUCAUGGGUCAGUUCGUCAACACGCGAACCACCAGCAUCACUGUGUGGGCCAUCGGUGUGUCAAUAUUGUCGAUAAACUUCGUUAGUGUGUUUCAAUUCCUGCUGGAGGGCUAUGAGCAGGGGCCGUUUGGGGUGAGCGUGGCGGUCAGCAGCGUGAUCUUUCUCUAUUUUGCUUUCGUCCUGUACUUGGUGUUGGAGCCAUGUUUGCCGAAGAAGCAGGGGGGUCCAGACAUGGAGCCCCUUUUGCCAAGCAUAGACAGAUCCGCUGCACGGGGAACUGGCUCUGAUGCUCAGGACGGCGUUCUGGGAGCCAGGCUAGAAGAAUAA